AAACUUUUAUUAACAAUAACUAAAAUACAUUUUUCCGACUAUCUGAUUACGCAUAUUUUGAGCAUCCAAGACUUUUCUACUGUUGGAGGUAAUCGUUGAGUAAUAUUUGUUACCGCCACGUGCGCUAGCUUCAUACUAAGCGGCACGAUCUUCCUCGCAAGUUCCAACCAGCUUCAAGUUGGAUUUCAAGGGCGUCUCCUCCUGUCUGGGGGCUCUGGGAACGUCCCCUGCCCCCUCGGUCCACGCCUCUGCCGAGGACAUCUCCCAUCAGCAGUUCAACAUCUUCCCGGCCAUCUUCAGCAGGCAACUAAACUUCAACGCUUGUCCGCAGUCGAAAACCAUGAUGGACGAAUUGAGGCCCAACUUGGUCGGAGUAGGGAAUCUCUUGGGAGUUGGGGGACUGUUGGACGAGCACCAUGGGCAUCUGGGAAGCAGUGCUAAUAAUGUGGAGAAGACUAUCAGUUCGAGGAAGUGCAACAGUACGAGCGGGUCGUCUGCGGAGGACUUCAGCGCUAUAUAUGGGGGAUUGCCUCAUUCACACGAACACCACGGGCAUACACCUGCACACACACCUCCAUCGGCGGGGCGGUCCAUUACGGAUCAUAAUGACGGAGCCUUUAAGAAGCUCAAACCUGAACCCCAAACGACUCCAAGUGGAACCAGCCUGGGAACGGUCUCGCCGAGCAGCGGGCCGCAGCACGCAGGCCAUACUCCUACCACCGCCUCCUGUCCUACACCUGCCCGACGGAGGCAUCGCACGACCUUCACGCAGGAACAACUAGCAGAACUAGAGGCGGCAUUCGCCAAGAGCCACUAUCCCGAUAUUUACUGUAGGGAAGAGUUGGCUAGGAGUACAAAGUUAAACGAAGCUAGAAUACAGGUAUGGUUCCAGAACCGAAGAGCCAAAUACCGAAAGCAGGAGAAGCAGCUCCAGAAGGCGCUGGCCCCCAGCGUGUUGCCGGGAUGCAACGGCGCCAUGAUGCGGAACAUCUACCCGGGGGCGGCGAGAGGGUAUCAGCCCUAUCCACAUCCCACGGCCAUCAACAGAUACCCCCAGAUGGGCACUACAUCGUACCCAGGAAUGGCGCAAUCGUUCUCAAUGUCCCAUGGUACAAAUAUGAGUACGGUAGCUGGAAUGAGGCAGGACGCAAUGAGUAUGAGCGCUGAAGACGAAUGGUACAACAAAAGCCUAUCAGCCCUGCGGAUGAACUCCACCCAUCAUCCCAACCUAGCUGCACCCAUGUUGCAGUAUCAGACGUAAUAGAUAAAUUUUUCGGACAAGCUAUUUAAGCAGUGAACGUUCCAUGGUUUUGUACAACGUAUUUUAGUUAAUAUUUCUUUGUACAAAUUACGAAUAUGGGGAGAAAAUAACUGUUUGGUUCCAUUCCUGUUUGCAAUGGAAUUCCACUUAACUAUUCAUAUUGAGCCAUGUUUUAAAAU